AUGAGUGUUCAGACGAGUUUAGUUAUUGGACCAAUCUACAAUUAUGGUACCGAGGAACAAAAAAAGAAGUACAUCCCUGGCUUGGCUAGUGGUGACUUGGUUGGUUGCUUUGGGCUAACUGAACCAAACCAUGGCUCAAAUCCCAAUGGAAUGGAAACUAAGGCAAAAUGGGACGAGAAGACAAAGACCUACCGGCUUUCUGGAACGAAAUCAUGGAUUAGCAACAGUCCAGUGGCCGAUGUUCUCAUUGUUUGGGCACGUAGUGAUAGGCAUAAUAACGAUAUUAAGGGCUUCAUUCUCGAGAAAGGCAUGGAUGGACUUACAUGCCCAAAAAUCGAAGGCAAAUUGUCUCUAAGAACGUCAAUCACCGGUCAAAUUGCAAUGGACGAAGUGCCUGUACCUGAAGCUAAUCUACUUCCGAAAGUUAAAGGUCUUGCUGGCCCUUUUGGCUGCUUAAAUAAUGCCCGCAUGGGUAUCGCCUUUGGCGCCCUAGGUGCCGCAGAAGAUUGCUUUCAUAGGUCUAGGGAAUAUGCUUUGGAACGAAUUCAAUUCGGCAAACCUCUGGCACAGACUCAGUUGAUUCAGCUCAAGUUUGCCGAUAUGGUUACGGAAAUUACUCUAGGCUUGCAAGCGUGCCUGAGAGUGGCGAGGCUGAAGGAUGAAGGCUUAGUGAUACCCGAGCAGAUUUCUAUGAUCAAGCGCAAUUCGUGUGGUAAAGCACUAGACAUUGCACGUAAGGCCCGAGAUAUACUUGGAGGGAAUGGCAUUGUUGACGAGUAUCAUGUUAUAAGGCAUAUGAUCAACCUAGAAACGGUUAACACUUAUGAAGGUGAAUUUGAAAGUUACAAAGAACAUACAAAAUUUAUUUAUCUAUCAAUUUAG